UGGCACGCACCCGGCAGGACCAUCCCCGCGCCUGCGCGGUUCGGCAUGGAGCAGGUGGAUCCCAAGGACCCGCUGCCUUCUGGCGAGCGGUGCCCGCCGCCGGCGGCGGAGGCGCCGCCGCCGGAGCUCUCACCGGCAGAGGCAGCACGGCGUGCGCAGGAGGCCGUCCUGCAGCGGCUCUCCCCCCGAGUUGGCGCCAGCGGGCGACGGGCAGCGCUCCCUGGACUCUGCGCCGGCGCGCAGGCGCGGCGCCGCGACCACGGAGGCCGUGGCAGGCGACACCGCCGAGCGGCGCCCGCAGCGGCACCGCCGAGGAGCCACCGGAGGAUGCCGGUCCGAAGGGGCGGCGGCGGCUUCCUGGCGCCGCCGCAGCUGGCGGGCGGCCCGCAGCCCCGGGCGCAGUCUGCCACGUGCAGCCGCGGCGCGCCCGCCGGGCCAGGCAC